AUGUCGGUCGUCUAUUUGCCACCCACUAUCGCUCUGAAAUCAAACUGGUUCAACUUGUACUUGAACUACAGCGAUGAUUCCUAUUCCUCGACGCAAGGUUUCGUCAAAUUCAACGGAUCCAAUGUCUUCAGCCCGUUAGCCAAGUUCGAAGUGGUGUCGGCCAAUACCGGGACGGGACGAGUACAUCUCAGAUGCCGGGCGAACAAGAAGUUUCUGCGGAGGAAAGAUUCAACUUCUGUAUUCAUUACUCCGGAGGCAGAUGAAGCAGAGGAGGACACAGCCAAAUGGGGGUGUACACUGUUUGAGGCUCGAGAAGUUGAAGCUGGCAACACCACCCUAAUCAAUUUGUUCCAUGUCCAAUCACAAUACUAUACAAAUGCCUGGGAUGUUAGUGGAAUCAGGUCCUUGAGAUUAAAUUCUGUCGGUCCGAAUUUUCAGGGUAGGUAUAAUAUCUUAGACCUGGAGUCAAUGGUGAUAUUGCCGAAGUAUGUGGCUUUCAAAGGCACCAACGGGAAGUACCUUAAGGUGGGAGCUACAGCGACGUCGUACCCAACAUUCUCAUCCACCGACAAGGGGUUUUCUGAGUGCGGGUUCGAGGUCAUCACUGAUGGCCAUGGAAGGGCGCAAAUUAUGUCGUCCCACACCAAAAAGUACUUGAGGCUCGUCAAGGGCGGCAACUUUAUUAUGGCCGACUCAACUGGCGACACCACCGACCUGGACACCAAGUUUUGGCCUGUCAAGUUCAACAACGGUGCUGUCGCUCUCAAAAGCUUGGGCAUCGACUUAUUUUGUUGCCAAUACACCCUCCCGACCUGGGGUGUAACAGACGGUUUACGCGCACUCCACGCCAGCAUUAAUAUCGACGCAGUCUUAACUCUAGAAGAACUCGUGCACGAGAGGAGGAUCUACAACACUAAUUUUGACCUGAAGAAUGCCAUUAUCUAUGGCGAGACUCCGCUCACCAUGGCCACUGCCAACGCCAUCAAUAACACCUCCAAAGACAACACGGUGGAAUUCAAGUUCACGUACACGGAGAGUAAGAGCACCACGUGGACCUCCAGCCACUCGUGGAUGGUCGGCAUCAGUGUCACCGCCAGCUUCAAAGUCCCAUUCAUCGGCGGUGGUGAGGUCACCGCUAAUGCAGAGUAUUCUGGAUCUUAUGAGUGGGGAGAAACUCUUGAGUCCGAACAAACAGUGGAGAAAACGUACACGGCCACAGUACCGGCAAACUCUUCGAUAAAUCUGACCGCGAUUGCAACACAGGGAACUUGCGACGUGCGUUACUCUUAUUAUCAGCGAGAUUUGCUUUAUAACGGUCAGACAGUUAUUUACCAGAAAGAUGAUGGGUUGUGUACGGGAAUUAAUUCAUAUAACUUCCACAUCGAGGUCACAACUGUGAAAGAUCUGGGAUCGACAGCUGAAUCCAGGACAGUACAAAAGAUACCUCUACCUCUAUUGUCUGGACCAACCACCCCAUUGACCUCGACCACCAGCACGGAACAAGAAUUGUCAGAGGUGCAAUUUGAAGAGUGGAUUGUCCAAGAAGUACCAGCUCUGCCAUUGAAGACCAACGAAGAAGGCGUAGAAACCAUAGCUUGA